GCUGGCUGACUGUCGCUCUAUCGUUUGCUUGCUGAGGUAAACCACAGGCGCUAUCGCACUGCAGACUUCGUUUUGGUAAAAGCAGCCAACUGUUAGCGACUGUCGCACCGACGAGCACAAAGAUUUUUUUCGGAUCAAAGUGCAGAGUGGACUACCGGCACGUUAGCGUUAAUACAAGUCCCGAACAGACGGAGGAAUAUUGCGGUGUAACGUUAAUUUCGCUCGAACUAAGCGGUCGCGGUAUUAUAGGACACUUUUGUAGCAAUGGGGAAAUUUUCGGCGUGGUCUCUUUUUCUGGUCGUGUCUGUGUUAGCAGUGAGAGUUCUGUCCCAGGACGACGACCUUGGCUUUGAUCUGUCUGAUGCCAUAGGUGAAGAUGCCACCUCUAAACCUGAAUCCGUGAAACCUAAAGUUUUGCCAGGAGCUGGAGGAGAUGACCUCGACCUGGCUGACGACGCCCCUCCUACCAAAGCUCCACCCCCCAAGGUUGUUCCAAGACCACCAAGGCCCCUGUGAAGCAAGCACCCCGCGACCC